AUGGCUCACACAAAUGAAUCGGUGGUGUCUGAGUUUGUGCUUCUGGGACUCUCUAAUUCCUGGGAUCUUCAGCUUUUCUUUUUUGCCAUCUUCUUUCUGGUGUAUGUGGCAUCCCUUCUGGGCAACAUCAUGAUUAUUAUCAUCAUUUCCUCUGACUCCCAUUUUAAUUCUCCCAUGUACUUCCUGCUCAGUAACCUUUCUUUCAUUGAUAUCUGCCAAUCUAACUUUGCAACUCCCAAAAUGCUUGUGGACUUUUUUGUUGAGUACAAGACUAUCUCCUUUGCGGGUUGCAUGGCCCAGAUAUUCCUUCUCCAUAGUUUUGUUGGGAGUGAGAUGAUGCUGCUUGUAGCUAUGGCAUAUGACAGAUUUAUAGCCAUCUGUAAGCCCCUACACUAUAGCACGAUUAUGAAUCAGAGACUAUGUAUAAUCUUUGUGUUUAUUUCCUGGGCUGUGGGCAUUCUUCAUUCUGUGAGCCACUUGGCUUUUACAGUGGAUCUGCCAUUCUGUGGCCCUAAUGAGGUAGACAGCUUCUUUUGUGACCUUCCCCUAGUGAUAGAGCUGGCUUGCAUGGAUACUUAUGAAAUGGAAAUUGUGAUACUAACUAACAGUGGCCUAAUAUCACUGAGCUGUUUUCUGGCUUUAAUUAUUUCCUACACCGUCAUUUUGAUCACUGUCUGGCAUCGGUCCUCUGGUGGGUUAUCCAAGGCACUUUCUACAUUAACUGCCCACAUCACAGUGGUAAUUCUUUUCUUUGGGCCUUGCAUUUACUUCUACAUAUGGCCUUUUAGCAGACUUUCUGCAGAUAAGUUCCUUUCUGUGUUCUACACUGUUUGUACACCCAUGUUAAACCCCAUCAUCUACUCUCUGAGGAAUGAAGAUAUUAAAUCAGCCAUGCAAAGGUGGAGAAAUCGUCAUGUGAAACCUGGGCAG